AGGGUCAAGGUGCUUAUUUGGGAGACACAAGGCAUCUUCCAAUGUCCUGUAAUUCACCCAUCCAACCCAGGCAGGUUUGCAUUUCUUUCCCUUGUAGGAGGCGGUUGUGAUUUUGGGGGUGUCUUUGCAGAACAGGAUCCUUAGCCUGUGGAGCCAGGUAUUUAGGGGUUAAAGCCACUUUUACCAUAAGGCUAAAAUUUCCCACUGGAAAUUCCCAGCUGACCAGCAGGGUCAUGACGGAUGGUGCUUACUAUCGGGGGCGGUUCCUACCCAAGUCUUUAAGAGGUGUGUGACAAUGGGACUUCUAGGCAGAAAGAGAUCAGCCCCAGGCAGAGUCCAUCCAGCUGGUUGGUGUUUUUUAAGAAACAGCUGCCUACAGAUCUCUGUCAGAGAAGAGAUUAGCUGGAGUGAAAACAUUUCCAUGGAGCCAACUCCUCUCCUCCUGCUCCUCAGUCUGGGCUGGGCUUGCAGCGGUCAGCUGACCGUGCUGCCCCUGGAGCCGCUGGUCGAGAUUGGAGGAUCCAUUCAGUUGAACUGCUCCUUGGACUGUCCAGAUGGAAAGCCCCAGUGGAAGGGGCUGGACACCAACCUGGGGAACAUCAUCUCCACCCCCACCUAUACCCUCCUUCUCAUCACCAAUGCUGCCACAACCAUGGAGGGCACAAAGUUCUGCAUUGGGAACUGCCAAGGGAAGUCCUACCAGGGAUCGACCAACCUGCAAGUGUACUCUCUUCCAGAUACAUUGCAGCUGGAAACCCAACCAAAGCAGCUGGUGGCUGGGCAGCCAGCCCAUCUCCGCUGCUCUAUUAGCAAGGUGUACCCACCCAGCUCCUUGACUCUGAGCUGGUAUCGGGGGGACCAGAGACUGGAGAGCCCAGAACCUGAAGAAGCGGCUGAUGACGAGGAGCUGUUCAGUUAUGACUCUGAGCUGGAGGUCCCAGGGGAGAUGGUGACAGAGGGCACGGAGUUCAGAUGUGAGGUGGUGCUCCUCUUGCCGUCAGAGAGGCGUUUACACCAGGACACAGCGGUGACUGUGAGCACAAAAGCUGUAGCAGAGGAGCCCACAACUGAGUCAGUCACUGGCCAAGAAAAUCCCAGAACUGAGUUUCUGGCUACUACAGAGAAGCCCCCUGCUACUGAUUGCAGCCCCACAACUGGGCUUUUGGCUACUACAAGGAACUCCGCCACAGAACUGACUUCUGCAGAGGGCCCUACCCCAGAGUUCAUUGUCACAUCGCACAAGCCCAGUGGCAAACCCACCUCUGUCCACUGGCUAGCGACCACAGAGACCCUGGCCACCGAGUCCAGGGCUGCUUCACAGAACCCAAGUGCAGGCUCAGCCACAACAGACUGGAGCCCCAGCAGUGGCUUGAGUUUUGCGACAGAGAAUCCAUCCACAGGGGAUGUGGCUAGCACAGAGAGCCCCCUGCCCAGGAAAGCCACUAGUGGCCGGAGCCCCAGAACAGAGUCUGUCUGCGACCUUCUGAUCAGGCCUGUCCCUCCUAAAGGGAUCACCGGGGAAGCCCUGAAGAUCAUAUGCGAGGCAGAGUGUGGUGAGAAUGUUACCAUCAAGUGGGUGAAAACCCCUGUGGCGCUGUCUCAGUACCAGGAGGAGGUGUCCAAGGGCAAAUCCACCCUGACGGUUGACCGUGUAGGUCUCGACUACCAAGGGACUUAUCAAUGCGUCAUGCUGAGCAGGAGACUCCAGGUGGCAAGCAUGAACAUCGCUGUGUCUGCUGCUACCUUCAGCACUGACUUUGCCAUUGCGGUCGGGACGGCAGGCUCUUUCCUGGGCCUGAUAGUCACAGCGUUUGCGUCACAUCGCCUGUGGAGACGACUCCACCCACCGGCCAUGAAGAGCCCUAAGGGGAACAGCAUUUAGGUGCCUAUGGCCCCAUCGCGACUCGUUUUGAACAUUCAUCCUCUUUCCACUGACAAGGUUGCCCGUUGUUACAGAAAGUUUGGUAUUAGACCCAGCUAGGCCUCUUGGACUGCACCCAUCCAGAGACGGGAGUGGAGGAGCUGCCUGAUGCUUGGGCCACUGCUGGGAGAGCUGGGUAAAUGGCCAAGUUGGAAGCUGCCCAGCAGAGCUGAGCAGAACUGUAGGUUGAUCAGUCUCUUUCCUUCCUCCACUUCACUCCUUGGCAUCAUGGUUCCCUCUGGUUUCAAGUUCAAUGGGAGCAUUUUGGUCCAAAGUCCACGCAGGUGCUGAGACUUGGCUCCUACAGACACACCUGUGUGACUAACACAUGACUCAGACAAGAUCUUCCCAAUGGAGAUGAACUGGUCACAGGUAUCAGGGUACAGCAAUUUCUAAAAGAGACCACUGGAUUUCCUCUUCACGGUAUACUGAAAACUCCCGCCUUGCUUGAGGCCUCUGGCUGAGGAGAUGCCAGUAACAUGUCCUGUGGGAUUGGUUUGAAAUCCCUUUCUGGAUCUGCCUCGUUCGUUUUGAUGGUGGCUUCUUAUUUCAAACUCUCUGGGGUCAGUUGCUCCUGUUUUUGUUCCCAAGAAUGUUAUGUUUUCCCAGUGAGGGUGAGGAAGAGAAGUGUGUGUGUGGGAGGGGGGAUUCCAGGUGCAUCAAGGGUUGGCUAGGGAGGGAUUAGGUGAGCAUAUGCUCAGCCUUAGCCUCUUGGAACUGAGUGGAGACUUUAAGCAAAUGCACAACAGUGAUGAACUAUCAGCUCUGUACUGCUCCUACAGCUCCAGGCCUUGGGUUUCUUUGUGCUGAUACUUUGCAGCCCCAGCCUUUCACUCUGAGAUGAGGUGGCAACUCCUUCUGGAGAGGGCUGUGGGGCAGCUGUCUGGGUUCCUUCCACACCAAGAUUGUACAUGUGCCAGCCCCCGUACUGACUUCAAUUUUUCCAUCCCAUCCUUAUCUGUGUAUUUAAAAUGUCCUAAGAAACUCCUCCCAACUGCUGUAAUCUAUCCAAGCUGGCUGCUUGUAAAUAACCUGUAUUAAAUGUUGAUAAUGCAGUAGACCUGCUGUGUACACUGAGUUUGUUUAUAUAGUGAGAACUGCUGCUCUAAUAAAGAUCUGUUUUU